GAGUUUUGAUACUGUAUUCCUAAAAUCAAGUCAAAUUCCUUAAACAUCCCUAAAAAAAAAGUCAAACUUAUUUUAACCUUAGUUUUCCUUUCCCUCUAACAAACCGCGCCUUCCUCUAUUAUCCAUUUCUUCUCUCCAAAUGGUUACUUCCAAAUUCUCCCUCUUUCUCUCUCAAAAUUAACCAAAUUACAGAACCAAUUUCACUCCAACAUUUUUGAAUUUGAAGCAAGAUUUCUUGCUUAAUCAACAAUAAAGAAAUGUUCAGUAAAGCCCAAUGCUUUGAUAUCAGCUGUUUUUUCCAGUCACCUUGUCAUCUACAUACCUCGUUCACCAUUAGAUUCUCAGUUUCUCCUCUUGAAACUCAUGAUUCUUCCAAAAAACCCAGAAAUUCAAACGUUCUUGAAAUACCCAGUAAAGGGCACAAGAAAUUCCGAAGAUUGGAGAAGCAGAAUAUCAACCCAAGUGGUGCAAUUGAUAAAUUGAGUAAAAACCCACAUGAUUCUGUUGAUGAAUUGGCUAAAUUAAAAUCUGGGAAGAGUCAAAAUCAUCAAAAUAAGAUUAAUGGUGUGGUUGAAUUAGAAGGUGGGCGUGGAAAUUUUCCUACAAAAAAGUUGCACACCAAGUGUUCGACGAAAUGGUCCUCUUAUGGAGGGUGUAUUCCGUCUAUAUUGUUGGCGUUGGAGAGUAUUAGUGACUUAGACGAGGCGUUUAGGCCGUGGGAAGAGAGUCUUAGCAACAAGGAGAGGAGUAUCAUUUUGAAGGAACAGUCGAGUUGGGAGAGGGCAUUGGAGAUUUUUGAGUGGUUUAAGAAGAAGGGUUGUUAUGAGUUGAAUGUGAUUCAUUAUAACAUUAUGCUUCGAGUUCUAGGAAAAGCGCGGCAAUGGGGUGAAGUAGAAAGAUUAUGGGAUGAGAUGAAGGCGAAGAGGAUUGCACCGAUUAAUUCUACCUAUGGUACACUUAUUGAUGUUUAUAGCAAAGGCGGUCUUAGAGAGGAGGCUUUAGUUUGGCUGCAAAGAAUGAAUGAACAAGGCAUGGAGCCUGAUGAGGUUACUAUGGGAAUUGUCCUCCAAAUGUACAAGAAAGCAGGGGAGUUUAGAAAAGCUGAGGAGUUCUUUAAAGUGUGGUCUUUGGAUAAAUCAAAAAAAGGGAAGAGUACACUCGAAUCACACAGAGCUAGCACGAUUAAGGUGAAUUCUGGGGCGCAGCUUAGUUUGAGCUUGUAUACAUAUAAUACUCUCAUUGACACGUAUGGGAAAUCAGGGCAGCUUCAGGAAAUGUCUCAAACCUUUCAGAAGAUGCUAGGUGAAGGAGUUAUUCCUGAUACAAUAACCUUCAAUACAAUGAUUCACAUUUAUGGAAAUGCUGGCAGGUUGGAAGAGGUUAACAAAUUGGUGCGAAAGAUGAAAGAACUCAACCGCGACCCUGAUACUAGAACAUAUAACAUUCUUAUAUCCCUUUAUGCUAAGCGUGAUGAUAUCAACCUUGCAUUUAGUUACUUUGCUCAAAUGAAACAGGCAUGCCUACAACCGGAUCCUGUGAGUUAUCGCACCCUUUUGUAUGCUUUCUCUAUAAGGCAAAUGGUUUUUGAAGCAGAGAUGCUCAUCUCAGAAAUGGAUAAGAGGGGUCUUGAAAUGGAUGAAUUUACGCAGUCUGCCCUGACUAGAAUGUAUAUUGACGCUGGCAUGCUUGAAAAGUCAUGGUCAUGGUUUGAACGUUUCCACUUUGAAGGUAAAAUGACCUCGGAAUGCUAUUCUGCUAACAUUGAUGCAUAUGGAGAGCGUGGGUAUGUUAAUGAAGCUGAGAAAGUUUUUGUCUGUUGCCAAGAGAAGAACAAAAUAGGUGUGUUGGAAUUCAAUGUGAUGAUCAAAGCUUAUGGCAUUGGUAAGAAGUACAAUAAAGCAUGUCAGUUGUUUGAUAGUAUGGAGAAGCUAGGUGUUCUGCCAGACAGAUGUAGCUAUAUAUCUCUCAUACAAUCGCUAGCAGCUGCGGAUUUGCCUCAUGUUGCAAAGCCCUAUCUGUUGAAGAUGCAGAAAGCAGGCCUAGUGAAUGAUUGUGUUCCAUACUGUGCCCUGAUCUCAAGCUUUGCAAAGCUUGGUCAGUUGGAAUUGGCCAAAAGCUUGUACAAGGAGAUGAUCAAUUACAAUGUGCAACCUGAUGUUGUUCUUUAUGGUGUGCUAAUUAAUGCUUCUGCAGAGAGUGGAAAUGUUACAGAAGCCAUGGAUUACGUUGAUGCUCUGAAAGAGGCAGAUCUCUCGUUGAAUGAUGUAAUCUGUAACUCCUUGAUCAAACUUUAUACAAAAGUUGGAUACUUAGAAGAAGCAUUAGAUACUUACAAACUGCUUCGAUCAUUUGAGAAGGGUGCAGAUGUAUAUUCUUCAAAUUGUAUUAUUGAUCUGUAUAGCAAACGAUCAAUGGUUAGGGAAGCAGAAGAAAUUUUUGAUGAUAUGCAGGAAAGAGGUGAAGUAAAUGAAUUCUCAUAUGCAAUGAUGCUUUGCAUGUACAAACGGGUAGGCAGACUAGAUGAAGCAAUGGAAAUUGCAGAAAAGAUGCAGGAACUAGGACUUCUGACGGAGCUGUUGAGCUAUAACAAUGUGCUUGCUCUAUUUGCUGUUGUUGGAAGACUAAAGGAGGCUGUUUCGAUUUUCAAGGAGAUGAUUAGUCUUGAGAUUGAACCUGAUGAUGCCACUUAUAAGUCACUUGGAUUUGUUCUUGUGAAAUCUGGAGUUCCCAAGCAGGCUGUUGCUAAGCUAGAGGUAGAAAGGAAGAAGGAUACUAAUAGUGGUUUGCAAGCAUGGGUGUCAGCCCUCACUUCUGUGGUUUGCACGGACAAUUAUGGUGACUAUGAUGGCGAUUAAAUGCUCAUUGAUCAACUUUGGAUCCUUGUUCUUAAGUAGCCAAUAGCCAUUGCUGUAAAGAGUAAUGUACUCCGUAGCUGUUGCCAAUCCACGCACGCAGAAGCAUGGAGCUAAAUCGAUUGUUUUCGUGCUCAUGACGGAGACAUGCUAUGGAGGCUUCUGGUAAAGAUUGUACAAAUUCUUGCAAUAUAAUUCUAUGGAUUUGUUUUUAUCCUUUUAUCUUGUUCUUUUGUAAGCUUGAAAAUAAUCUCAAAAAUUGUACAAGUAAUGAUGUGAAAUAAAAUUUUGUAGAAACAGAAGGAAAGUUGUUCAUCAUCAAUCUGGUUUUGUAUUUUAUUGUGUGUUGGAAUUUUUUUUUUUUUUCGUAUGUUAGGUAGCAACAUAAUGAACAUUUAGAGAUAAAGCAUGAGUAAUCAGAAUCAAUGGCAGAUGUUACUGGGAGCAGCGCAGGUAAUACCCUGUUGGAUUCGACGAAGGCAGAUACAUUCAGAUCAUACUCAAUGUUACAGUGACUUCCAUCAGUUUCCAGAGAUAUUAGAGCAGCACAGCAACUAUUGCUUAUAACCUGAUUAUACCCGAAUCCAGCACAUAUUUACAAAUCAUUA